AUGUAUGGAUUAUAUCUUUUAGACGUUUACGUGUCCCAAUUAAUGAUAAAUAAGGAGGCGUACACAGACACAGGCGGAUCAACGCUUGUCACGAAAGUCGUGUUCAUUAAUUUCCCAGCCACUGAGAUCUUAGAACGCGAUCGAUCUGUUAAAGACGAUAUAAUUUACAUUUACAAGUUCAAUGGUGGCCAAUCUUUUCAUUUCUUAAUGUCAUGCGAAGAAAUGGUCAAGAAAAUGAAGAGACUUUUUUUAAAAAUUGGCGUUUUUAGACUAGACGACAAUUUUCCUAUUUGUUCCACUCAGACACGUCUUAGAGGCUGUGCAUGUGACUUGGGCAAAGUAUGCGUCGAGGACCCAACACCGUUUGUAUUUAGUGGCCCAUUCGAAUUAGUCGACUCUGGUAACAGUUUUGCUGGUUACUUAGAUCUGGAUGUUACAGUUAUAAAUUUAGGAAGAAGUCUCGUAACUCCAUACGCCCUCGCACCCAAUUGCUUUGUCUUCAAGAGCCACCCCCAGGGACCAGAAUAUAAGUGCAACGCUAAGGAAUUAUCGAAGCUAUCUAAAGGAAUGAGCAUACCGGUCGGAGAUAAUUUAGCGACCAUGGGAAAUCUCAUGAUGGAUAAUCUAUUGGAUACCGCUCCACCGGGCAACCUAAUGAAAGAUAUCGUUGGAAUUUCUCCGGUAGCUGAUUACCUUGCUCUAGGAAGUCCGCCUCCUAAAUUACCGCGCCCACCUUUAGUAGAUCCAACAUUGAUUACGCAUACACUGUGUAUAUCCAAUCGGGAGCGUGCUGCUUGUUCAAAGUUCACGCGAACGUUGGCUAUUAUCCCGCCGCGGACAGUUCCUUUUCGUCGAAGGAUCACAAUAAUUUUCUACCGUACAACUUUGAGAACAUUUAAAUCGGCCGAACCCUCUGCAACAUGUACGUGUAUCCGUAGCACUUACAUAUAUUUACAUCGAAUUAACCUCGGUCAACCUGGGUGGAAACAGGUUGCUUUCCCGUAAUAAUUAUUACACCACUCGAAUUAUAAUUAUUAAUUCCGUACACUGAUUCGAUCGUUCGUCUAAUUAAUUCCGUGCAUUAAUUGACCGCCAUGCUGACACAGAGACGCGUUCACAGAGAUCGAUUGCGUUCAAGCCAAAAAGGAUUACGAGAAGUAUCUUUAAAUUGCUCUCAGUCGUAUCAUUCGAAUUGAAUUAAAUAUACGUCUUGGAACUUUUUCACUCGUCUUUUUCCCCUAAGAAUCUUUCUGAUUAAUGUAGAUAUCAAUUAGGCGCGUAAAUUGAGCCUCGAGAUUGUAAAUUGUUAAAUUAGCUACUGGUUUUGUGUGGCCUGAUGCGAAUAAAUUAAUUAAUCUUAUAACUGUUACCGUAAUUAAUAAUAGUUUCAAAAUAAUUUCGUUUCGCUGGUUGACGAGAUAAAAUAUAUGUUUCCUGCAUGAUUACGAUAAUGAUUUAUCAAGCGAAAUAUGGUUUGUAUCUAUGUGUAGCCGCUUGUUUCGUUUUAUAAUAUAAAUCUAGCACAAGUACAAGUAUACUUACUACGUGCUGUACGAGGUAUAUCGAUAUCGUUAGUAGUUUGUUAACGUGUUAAGUUGAUGUU